AUGCCCACCGUGGACGACGUCUUAGAGCAGGUCGGGGACUUCGGCUGGUUCCAGAAGCAGGCCUUUCUGACCCUGUGCCUGCUCUCAGCCUCCUUCGCCCCCAUCUACGUGGGCAUCGUCUUCCUGGGCUUCACCCCCGACCACCACUGCCGGAGCCCCGGGGUGGCCGAGCUCAGCAGGCGGUGUGGCUGGACCCGCGACCAGGAGCUGAACUACACGCUGCCCGGGCUGGGGGCCGAGGGCGACGCCUUCACCCGCCAGUGCCGCAUGUUCCAGGUGGACUGGAACCAGAGCGCCCUGGGCUGCGUGGACCCACUGGCCGACCUGGCCGCCAACAGGAGCCACCUGCCACUGGGCCCGUGUGAGCAUGGCUGGGUGUACGACACACCCGGCUCCUCCAUCGUCACCGAGUUCAACCUGGUUUGUGCCGAUUCCUGGAAGGUGGAUGUAUUUCAGUCCUGUGUGAACAUGGGCUUCUUCCUUGGCUCACUGGGAGUGGGCUACAUUGCAGACAGGUUUGGUCGCAAAACUUGUCUGCUGGCAACCACUCUCGUUAACACCAUCUCCGGAGUGCUCAUGGCCAUAGCACCCAACUACACAUCUAUGCUGAUCUUCCGUUUGCUGCAGGGGCUGGUCAGCAAAGGCAGCUGGACCUCGGGCUACAUCCUGAUCACAGAGUUCGUUGGCCUGGGCUACAGGAGGACAGUGGGCAUCCUGUACCAGACGUCCUUCACGGUGGGCCUCGUGCUACUGGCAGGCAUCGCCUACAUCCUGCCCCACUGGCGGUGGCUGCAGCUGGCCGUGUCCCUGCCCACUUUCCUCUUCAUGAUCUACUACUGGUGUGUUCCUGAGUCUCCUCGGUGGCUGCUGUCACAGAAGAGGCACAAAGAGGCCAUCAGGAUAAUGAGCCACAUCGCCCGGAAGAACGGGAGAGCACCGCCAGCCGACCUCAAGAUGCUGUCCCUGGAAGAGGACGUCUCCGAGAAGCUGAGCCCUUCCAUCGCAGACCUGUUCCGCACGCCGCAGCUGAGGAAGUUCACCUUCAUCCUGUUCUACCUGUGGUUCACAGGUGCCGUGGUCUACCAGGGCCUCAUCAUGCACAUGGGCGCCACCGGGGGGAACCUCCACCUGGAUUUCUUCUACUCUUCCCUGGUUGAGUUCCCAGCAUCCUUCUUCAUCCUCUUCACCAUCGACCGCGUCGGGCGCAUCUACCCGCUGGCUGUGUCCAAUGUUCUGGCGGCGGCAGCCUGCUCCGUCAUGAUUUUUAUCUCACAUGAUUUGCACUGGUUAAAUACUGUGAUUGCUUGCAUUGGCCGACUGGGAAUUACCGUUGUAGUUGAAAUGCUUUGCCUAGUGAAUGCUGAGCUGUAUCCCACCUUUGUCAGGAACCUUGGAGUGAUGGUGUGUUCCUCCUUAAGCGAUAUAGGAGGAAUCAUUACACCCUUCAUUGUCUUCAGGCUGAUGGAAGUUUGGCAAAGUCUGCCUCUCGUAUUGUUUGCUGUGCUGGGCCUUGUGGCUGGAGGCGUGACACUGCUUCUUCCGGAGACCAAGGGCAUGGCUUUGCCGGAGACCAUCAAGGACGCAGAGAACCUCCAGAGGUGA